AUGAGCCUUACCGGGAGAAUUCUGAAAACGCUGAAGCAAAUAAUAGCGGAUGAAGUGACUCUGAGCACGGAAAGACUGAACGAAGUGGCCGACGAACUUGGAUUGAACCCUGGGACGGUAAAAAAAACCAGCAAUUUGUCGUUUAUUUUCGAAUAAUUUCAGCUGCAAAGAUGGUAUCGGAACUAUGUGAGUCGAUUGAGAGGCACUCCGGAAUGUCACGGGAUCAUCGAGAAGGCGUACUCGGAGAAUCAGUACUGUGAGACGAUAAUGCAAGACCUGAAAGAGAGGCUGAAAGAAUUUGCGGUAUCGGAAAUAUUCGUACGUUUUAUUGUUCAAUUCUAUUAGAUACUAUGAAGAUUGUGUGCAAUUUUACAGAUAGUACGAUGGUUCCGUAGCAGAAGACACAAAGAUCGGCAAAACGGAAUACCGAUCAGAGAGCCAGUCGGAGAGGAAGCGGUGAAUGAAAAGAACGCGGUGAAAUGGAAAGGAAAACGAGAGAAGAGGAAGCUGAGAGCCCGUUCGGCACUGCUCAAGAAUCAGGCGAAAGGAGUUCACGAGACGGAAACUCGGCAGAAUCCGAAAAGAAAGUCGGCGUGCAACAUGAGCUACACUUUCGAUUUGAGUGACGAUGAAAUGGAAGAAGACGAGGAGGAGGAGGAGGAGGAGGAGCGCAGUUUCCACGAUCAUCGGAAUUGGAACGACGUCGAAGCGCCGCAGAGCAAGAAGCCGAAGAGUUCGGGAGAACGGAAGUCGGCGUCUUGGCAGAUUGAAUCACUUGAAGAUCUGAGAGAACCGAAAGAAGAAGGAGAGAAGGGACCGUUAUGGGACUUCCCAUUGGCCCACUAUGAGAAUUUGGGAGGAGAACCCGGAGAGCUGCAGUUUCCGCCUCUCCAAUCAGAAAUGGAGCAAGUUGAUCGAGCCCUUCAAGUACCAAUCAGACCGAUUAUUUCGAAGGUUUGUAUGCGCUUUUCAGCAUCAAAAGUAGCAAGCACACUUUUCAGGAAGGAAACAGUACUCCAGCUCUACCGCGGAAUGGAUCGAAAGACUGGAGAAAAUGGACGGUAAGACAACCUGUGAGGAUGCUUUUUCUAUGCGAAAUGAAACCUGUUCAGAAUGAACAAGUGAUCGAGUGGGCGGAGCAAAUAUUCGAGGAAAAGAAGCCGGUGGACAUCCUUCGCAACGAGGACAUUUAUGGCGAAGCGCUCGAGGAUCUGCUCAAAGGAUCCAUCGAAACGUGGCGAAUGCUCGGGAUUACGUUCGGCAACUUCACCCGAAUCCGCAAGAAUCUGGAAGAACUUGAUAAAAUGUAA